UGCUUUCAAAAACCAAACUGUCUUACAUUUAGUUACACAACAGCUCAGCUUCGUAUAUAUAAAAUAUAAAUACAAUGCUCAAUGCCAAGAAGCACGCCAAGAAAUCGGAGCCACGUCGUGCCGGCAAGUGCUACGGCAGCAACGACUCGGGCUGCGAUAAUCUGCAGGGCAAGCAGAAGGUCAGCGUCGCGCUGCGCUUCCAGGAGCAGUCGCUGCGCCACUCGGACAUUCAGCUGCUGCGCGGUCCGCACGCGCUGAACGAGCGCAUUCUGGGCUUCUACUAUGCCUACAUGCAGGCGCGUCGCUAUAAGCUGCAGCAGGAGCUGCAGUUUCUGACGCCGCCGCUGGUGAGCAGCCUGCGGCACUUGGAGCAGCGUGAUCUGCGUCGUCUGGCCAAGCAGUUGCAGCUGCCCGGCAAGCAGUUCAUCUUUAUGCCGCUGGUCGAGCGUCAGCAUUGGUCGCUGCUGCUCGUGUCGCGGCCCGAUCGCAAGUUCUUCUACUUCGACUCCGAGGACAAUUAUCAUCUGCAGCUGGCCAGGGCGCUGUACGAGCGUCUGCUGGCGCCGCUGCUGGCCGAGGACUUUCUGUUUCGCAUGGGCCGCUGCCUGCAGCAGUCGCCGGGCAAGGGCUACGAGUCGGGUGUGCAUCUCAUGUGCAUGACCGAGCAUCUGGCCGACUAUGUGCUGCGUUGUGGCUAUGCCACCAGCACACUGCUUAUAUCCAAGCAGGAGGUGCUCAACAUGCGCGGCGCUCAACUGCAGCUCAUUCGCACCCUGGGCGGCAUUUUGCCCAAAGGCUGCUGCCAGGAUUAACAGCUCUGCUUAUAUAGCGACAAAUAACAACAACAAAUUAAAUGCAAACUCAUCUGCGCUACAACUGAACAUUAAUAAAACUUGCAUACAUA